AUGCCUUCUGCUCUCGAGAUCUCCGCCGGCGCCUGGCUGCUCGUCUCGCUCGGCCACACUGUCAAUGGCCGAGACUGGCAGUCACACGCCUCCAUCAAGACUUUGCCCCAGGAGCAAAAGACUUGCGCCCGCUUAGGAUGGUACCAGGGCAGCGGCUUUCUCUUCAUUGCCUCUCUUCUCAACUACUACUGGUCCAAGAAUCCAGCAGCGCUCCAGGACCCGAUUCAAAAGGCUGUUGCUGCUUCCUUUAGCGCCCUCCUCGGCGUCAGUUCCGUCAUCUAUGCUGUCAACGGCGUCACCAGCAAUUCUGUUGUGACGGCUCUUGUCUCUGCUCUCCAGGCUUAUGCUGCUUUCAAAGCCAACUAA